AUGACAACCUUCGACCCGUCCAUCCUCCAAUCCAUCCUUAAUAGAACCAAGCCGGAAGCCGAGAACGUCACCACGGUGAGCAUUCCGGCGUUCCAGGAAUGGAGAUUCGAGGUCGCCGCCAGAGACUCUCUCAAACUGAAGAUCAUCGAAGGGACCGCAGAGAUUUUUGGAACAGAACUGUCUCCCAACAUCGAGUACGCUUUCCAAGGUUCGGUGAAACUGGGUGUGUUUUCGUUUUCUGGCUGCAGAUUGCAGUUCUGGAACUGUCAGCCGCUUUCCGAGUACGUGAGUGAAGAAAGCUGUGUUGGCCAGUACCUAACCUUCCAUCUGGGACUCGAGAGACAACGAGUGCUGGAAGGUCCGAGGGUGCUCGUGAUUGGCGCUAGAGACUCUGGAAAAACGGCCGUGUGUCGCACGUUGGCAUCGUAUGCCGAAAAACAGGACCACCAGCCCGUUCUGGUCAACCUGAACCCCAAGGACUCACAGUUUGUAGUGCCCGGCAACCUGUCCGCCACCCCAAUCUCCGACCUGCUCAAUGUGGAGAACAUCAACCUUGGCGAAACGGUGACCACCGGUCCUUCGUUCUACCACCAGAAACAGCCGCUGGUGAAGACGUUUGGGCUUGAAAAAGUCUCCGACAACGUCAAACUGUACAACUACCAGGUCCAACAACUAGGCCAGUCGGUGCGCCAACGGCUCGACCAGGACCAGAAACUUAAAAAAGCGGGUGUCAUAAUUGACACGCCAGCGUUCACCAUCAAGGACUACGAUAUCAUAGAGAAUAUUGUUAAUUCUUUUAAUGUCAACGUACUUACUAUAGUUGGCAGCGAACGGUUGUUGGUGGAUCUUAAGAAAAAAAUGCAAAACCCAGCAGUGACUUUGCUGAAGCUGAACAAAUCCAGCGGGUGCGUCGACAAGGACGACAAGUACGAGCGCGAGCUCCAGCAGCGGUGCAUCAAGGAGUAUUUUUAUGGGAUCGACCGACUCCAAUUGAGUCCGUACAACAUCACAGUGAACCUGAAGGAUUUCAUUUUUGUGAGACCAAAGGAAUCUGAGGCAAUCAAUAUGUCAUUUUUAAGCGGAGAUCUUGCUGACGAUGACGAAAUGCGUCCGGAAACAACAAACUUCAAGCAGCUCGUGGAGCGUGUCAAGAAGCCUGGUUCCGACAACUUAUCGAAUUCUCUUUUAUCUCUCGUGGACGAUUCGAACAUCGACACGCUGUUGUAUUUGAAUUCCGACAAUUCGGACGACAAGUUGCUGGAAUCCGUCGUCAAGAGCAGCUCUCUGGGUUUCUGUUAUGUGCAUAACUGUGACGACGAGAAGGGAAAGCUCAAGCUUCUGAUUCCGUCUCCUGUGCAACAGUUACCGUCAAGAACGUUAUUAUUAACCCAGUUCAGAUAUCAUGAGUGA